AUGACCUCCUCAAGGCUUGAUCGAGGCCUUGGGGAGGUUCGUCAUCGCCACCAAGACGAGGAUGUAUCUGAUGAGAAGAUUCCAGACCACAUCAACGACGAUUACUUCAGGCGAAAGAAGUUGUCUGGCAAGAAGGGAGAGAAUAUUUUCGCUGCUGGAAAGGUUGAAUAUCAGGUUACCGAGCAGAGGAAGACUGACCUGAAAGUUACUGACAAACCUAUCCUGGCCGCUAUCAAGAAAAACCCUGAACAUAAAGCCCUCUUCGGUUAUUUAGGAUCGCGAUUCAUGUUGGGUAAGAGGCAGUAUCCUCACAAGAUGGUGUUCUGA